UGGUCACAUGAGAACCAGUCUUUUCACAUUCUUCUUUUAGAGGCUGUACCAACAGGCUUUCUCAGUUUCUCUAUACUCAAAAUGCAUCCUCCCUCAUUGCGCAGAUCUAGGGUUUGAUUGGUGAAAGCAGUGGGGUGAUUAUUACCACAAGGGAGGAAAGUAUGUUUUUAUUUUAAUUGGGCCUAUGUUUUUUAAUAUAUUUUUUUAAACACCAGCGGGCUGAAAACGGUUAUUCUUAAUUCCCAUUUCUUGCGUUCGGAGUUGGCAAGAGAACAAUAGACUGGCACCCAGGCUAGGCGCAUGUGUCCUAAAAUCUUCUCAACUGUGGACUCUGUCCGCGGAUGACCUAAACCAAGCGCACCUUCUUUCAGCCCAUGACGUCAGAGUGUCCAUCUGGACCAACAAUAUGGACGGGGCUCGAGCGCAAAACUAUCGCUAAACUCAAAGCGGCUGCCUGGUACCCUUACAUCAGCGACGACAUCAACGAAGUGACAGCUUUAUUCUGUGUUAGCGGGGACAGUGGUGGCCUCACAGCCCCUGCAUCUCCUUCCUCUGUGUCCCCCGUCCUCACCCCGAAGCCCCCACCGUGGAGAGCCAGAGUGAGGUACCCAUCCAUGGUGGAUGUGGGGAAGUGGCCCCUCUUCACCCUGCUGGGGGCUCAGGUGGUCUCCCGCAUCAGGCAGGCCUGUGUCUUCGGAACCUCAGCCAACGAAGCCAUCUACAUCACCCAGGACGAUGAGGUGUUGGUGUUUGGGCUGAACUGCAGUAACUGUCUGGGGACGGGAGACAGUCAGAGCACCAUGGUCCCUAAGAAACUAGACUUCCUCCAAGGCAAGAAGGUGGUCAGUUUCAGCUAUGGUAGUGGACCACACGUCUUACUGGCCACAGAAGGGGGAGAGUUGUUUGCCUGGGGGCACAAUGGAUACAGCCAGCUGGGCAACGGGACCACCAACCAGGGGGUGUCACCCAUCCUGGUUUCAACCAACCUGCAGAACAAGAAAAUAACACAAGUGGCCUGUGGGUCCCAUCACUCUCUGGCCCUGACACACGAUGGAGAGGUGUUUGCGUGGGGUUACAACAACUGUGGCCAGGUGGGCUCAGGUGCCACAGCCAACCAGCCAAUCCCCCGCAGGGUGACCAACUGCCUGCAGGGUAAAGUGGUGAUGGGCAUCGCCUGUGGACAGACCUCCUCCAUGGCUGUGCUCGACAAUGGGGAGGUGUUUGGCUGGGGCUACAAUGGGAAUGGCCAGCUGGGAGUGGGCAACAACGGUAACCAGCUGACCCCCUGUCGCCUUGCAGCCCUCCAGGGUCUCUGUGUACUACAGAUCGCGUCAGGCUACGCCCACUCCCUAGCUUUAACAGAUGAGGGCCUGCUGUAUGCCUGGGGGGCUAACACCUACGGACAGCUGGGUACUGGCAACAAGAGCAACCAGCUCAGUCCUGAACACAUCAUGGCUGAGAAGGAGAGCAGGAUAGUGGAGAUCGCGGCGUGCCACUCCACACACACAUCUGCCUGUAAGACCCAGAGCGGCCAGGUGUACAUGUGGGGCCAGUGUAGGGGUCAGUCCAUCGUGCUGCCACACCUCACACACUUCUCCUGCACUGACGACGUCUUCGCCUGCUUCGCUACGCCGUCUGUCAUGUGGAGGCUACUCUCCAUGGAGCAUGAUGACUUCCUGACUGUGGCCCAGUCUCUGAGGAAAGAGUUCGACAGCCCUGAGACGGCCGACCUCAAGUUCAGUGUGGACGGGAAAUACAUCCACGUACACAAGGCUGUGCUCAAGAUCCGGUGUGAACACUUUCGCUCCAUGUUCCAGUCCCACUGGACAGAGGACAUGAAGGAGGUGAUUGAGAUCGACCAGUUCUCCUACCCCGUCUACCGCUCCUUCUUGGAGUUCCUCUACACUGACAACGUAGACCUGCCCCCAGAGGACGCCAUCGGCCUGUUGGACCUGGCCACAUCCUACUGUGAGAACCGUCUGAAACGUCUGUGUCAACACAUCAUCAAGAGAGGCAUCACCGUGGAGAACGCCUUCUCUCUGCUCUCUGCCGCCGUGCGAUACGACGCUGAGGACCUGGAGGAGUUCUGCUUCAAGUUCUGUGUGAACCACCUGACAGCGGUGACCCAGACUGCAGCCUUCUGGCAGAUCGAUGGCAACAUGCUCAAAGAGUUCAUCUGCAGAGCCAGCCGCUGUGGGUCCUUCAAAAACUGACUGACCACUAACCAGCCCCGAAGGAAGGACGAGGAAAGGGCUAGCAUGAACUGGUUUGGCUUGACACUACUUGGCCAUGGUAGAAAGGACAAAGAAAGAAAUGGUAUGAACAUGGAAAUGGCUAGCUUGAACCUGGAUCUCUAAAUUGCCAUAUUAUUAAUCCAUUGAGACCAUGUCUGGCGUGUUCAUCUGGUGACUAUGGCUCACCUCCAGUUACACAGCCAAAGAAGCCAAAGCCAGUCCAUGCCUGUGCACCUAAUAUUCCACGCGGACAGGUGGCACUGUGGGGAGGAAGUUCCUUUACCAGUCAAAACAGUGACAUCAAAGUUCAUUGUCUGUCACUGCAUGUUUACAAACCUGCUAAAUGGCAUCAGACUGCUCAUUUAGCAUCAGUUUAAUUGGAGGACCAUAGAUCUAGCUUUAGAUGACACUGUUACAUGCCUGACAAUGUCUGGUGGCAGGUGAUGGCAGUCAACCCCCCCCGAUUUGCAGAUUUUUAUUAUAUAUUUUUUUGCAUCAAAGUUGUGUACUUUGCUCUACUGUUGAAGGGUUUGAUGUAGCUGGCCAGAAAUAUAUUUGACAGGGUUUAUGGUUCAGAGCCUGUGGAUGUUUUGAGGAAAUGACAGUUUCAAUAUGAUUUGUAAUAUGCUGUGUACUGACAAGUAGAGCAGAGCUUGUCAUUUAUUCAUUCAGGCACGUUAAUUCUCGAGACUUGAGAUGAACAUGGUGAUGCAAUGCAACAAUGAGCAGGAAGUUGGUUUUCAACUCUUCAGUUCUAUUACCAGUCAGAAAACAAAACAUUUGGACCAUAUACAACUUGUUACUGUGUGAACUUUUUUAUUCUUACAAAAAUAGAUAUUAUCUACAUUUUUUACUAUUACUUAUUGCAUUCCUUUGGUUGAGAUUACCCCCCCUCCACCCAAGCAUUUCCAAUCAUUCUGCUGCUUUGAAUAUUGUUUUAAUGGUUUAACGUUCAUUACUACAUUCUAAUUUACUUUGAAGCGAGUGUUUGUACUGAAAUUGAAAUUCAACGCUUUGUAUUCUUAGAUUAUUAUUUUUAUAAAAUAAAAUAAUUUGUUGCUUAUGUUUAUUUUUGCAAUUACAUUUAUUUUGAAAUAUUUACAAUUAUUUAGGAUGGAAACAGUUGCUAUUGGUGCCACAAUUCAACAUGUUUAUUGACUUGUAAGUUAUGAGAUGCAACCACUUUGAAAUAAACAAAACUACAUUAUUGUA